AUGUCUGGUCAAACCAUCCUCCAUGCCUUCCCUCAUCUGUUUGACGGCAUUGGCCAGGUUAAAGGAAAAGAAAUCAAGCUCCAUAUCUCAAACACUGUAACCCCAAAGCAACAGCUACAACGUCGCAUUCCUUUCCACGUACGCAAAGACGUUGAGCAAGAAUUGAAACGCCUCGAACAGCUCGACAUCAUUGAAGCCAUUGACGGGUCAACGCCAUGGGUAAGUCCCAUUGUGGUGGUACCCAAGAAGUCAGGUGAAGUACAUACUGUAUAUGUGUCGACAUGCGCGAAGCCAACAAGGCAAUCGGAAGAGAAAAGCACCUCAUGCCAACCUUAGAUGACCUCAUCGCUGACUUGAAUGUAGCGGCCGUUUUUAGCACCCUUGAUCUUGUUUCCGGUUAUCACCAGCUAACCCUGGCCCCAGAAAGUCGUCACAUCACCACCUUUAGCGCCCACGUUGGGCUGCGUCGAUACAAGCGCCUGAUGUUUGGUAUCAACGCUGCAUCCGAGAUAUUCCAGAACGCCAUCGCUGAACUGCUUGCUGCACUACCUGGAUGCAAGAAUAUCUCUGAUGAUAUUAUUGUGUACGGAAAAGACCAACUCGAACAUGAUCUUAACCUCCAAGCUGUCCUUCAACGCCUCUCAGAUUACAACGUGCGCUUAAACGAGGACAAAUGCCACUUCUCUCAGUCCCAAGUGUGUUUCUAUGGUCAUAUCUUCAGCGCCAAAGGAGUCCAAGCCGAUCCUGCGAAAAUCGACUCCAUUCAGCAAGCCCGCGCUCCUCAAAACGUCAGCGAAGUUAAGUCUCUGCUUAAUUGGUUUGUCCCAAUACGUCUCUCGAUUCAUCCCGGACUACUCUACCAUCACUGCUCCACUACGUGCUCUCACUCGAACUGACGCCGAGUGGAAAUGGACGACCGACGAACAAACGUCCCUCAACAAAACAAGCCAACCAAAAAAUCGUUGAUGCCAGCCUUGUCGGUCUCGCUGCCCUUCUCGUUCAAACUGGAAAAGUCAUCAGCUACGCCAGUCGCGCUUCAUCUGACGUCGAAAGUCGUUACUCGCAGACGGAACGCGAAAUGUUAGCCGUCGUUUGGGGAGUUGAACACUUUCAUCUUUACGUCUACGGCUCACAUUUUCAGAUCAUCACGGAUCAUAAGCCUCUUCUCGGCAUCUUCAAGACCUAGAAACCUGCAACACCUCGCAUUGACCGAUGGAAACUCCGCCUCAUGCCUUAUAAUUGCCAGUUACAAUAUCGCCAUGGGAAAGACAACCCCGCUGACUUCAUCAGCCGCCAUCCCAAACCAGUAAAUUUCAUCAACGAAACUGAGAACUUAGCUGAACUUUACGCAAAUUAUGUUUGCUCUAACGCCAUUCCCAAAGCCAUGACUCGUGAAGAAGUCAAACUUGAAACCAAGCUGGACCCUCUCCUCCAAAAAGUAGUCACAGCGAUUUCCCUCAACAACUGGACGAAGUUAUCUGUGACGAAGUUAUCCUCCGUGGAAAUCGUAUUGUUCUCCCACAGUCCCUGCACAAUCGAGCCAUCGAGUUAGCCCACCUUGGUCAUCAAGGCAUUGUUAAAACAAAGCAACUCCUACGCGAAAAAGUCUGGUUUCCAGACGUUGACAAAGUGGUUGAAGCCAACGUCAAGAUGUGUUUGCCUGUCAAGCCUCUACCCAAGGAACGUCUUCACCUCCAGAACCACUGAAACCCUCCCCGCUCCCAGAGAAAGCUUGGACCAAUGUAGCAGUUGAUUUUGUUGGACCAUUUCCCACCGGCGAAUACCUGAUAGUCGUGAUUGAUGACUACAGUCUAUACCCGGAAGUCGAAAUUCUCACCACCACCUCCGCGAAAGCCGCAAUUCCAAAGCUUGAUGCCAUAUUCUCCAGACAAGGCAUCCCUGAGAUUCUCAAGUCAGAUAUAAUGGCCCUCCAUUUAAUGGUGAAGAGUUCGAGAACUUUGCCAACCACCUUGGUUUUAAGCACCGUAAGAUAA